UACCUACCUUCCCCGGGCAUAGCUCUCUCUUGCUCUCUCACACUCUCCCUCUGACUCUCCCAGCGUCACUACCACGUGUUGAGGAGUCUCUCACAGGUGUGGUGGUGGUGGUGGUGGUAGUCGUGUCCCGCAGUAGUGGUCGUCGCGUCACCUGGGCAGCAGCAGCAAGACGGUGUCAUGGCGGAAGCACAGCGACGGCGGCGUUUGGCCACCCUGGAGGAGUACCUGUCCUCACUGGCAGCGGGCAAUCCUGCCUGGCGGCACAAGGCAAUGCAGAAGAACGACACAUUUAUCGGGCGCCUAGAGAGGGAAGACUGUCGCGGCAGGAGUGAAGGCGUGCAUUGCCGCCCCGCCCCAUCCCAGGCUCCUGACUCUGGGGCGUCAGCACCCCCUGUACAGCUGCUAUGGUCCCCGGAGGAGGGCCGCCACCUGGUAGCGUCGCGGGACAUCGCUGCAGGGGAGGAUAUAUUUCGUGAGCCGCCGCUAGUACUCACCCCUCGACCUCAUCCCGAGCCGGUCUGCCUGGCCUGCCUGGCGCCCCUCAAGGCAGACUGGUCAGGAUGUGAAGGAUGCGGCGCCCCUCUGUGUUCCCCUCCUUGCGACGGGGAGCUGCACGUCGUGUCGGAGUGCGGCAUGCUGGCUGGAUUAGGCCUGCAGCAGGAUCGUGACCAGCUGCUUCCACUGAACCAGUUGCUGACCACCACCAGGACGCUGUUGCUCCUCCAAGAGGCGCCGCAAGCUGGCCACGUCAUAGAGGCGAUGCAAAGCAAUGUAGAGAAGCGGCAGCGUUCUGUUGUGGCGCAGGCCAUGGAGAAACGCGUGAUGGAGGGCCUGAGGCGGCUGGGCAUGGAGGAGGAGGAGGGCGUGGUGCGGCACAUCUGUGGCGUGUUUGACACCAACGCUUUUGCCGUGGACGGCGGGAGAGCCCUACUGCCCCUCGCCGCCCUCAUGAACCACCACUGCAGCGCCAACACGCAACACUGGUUCCACCGCGGCACGCUGGUGGUGCGCGCUGCGCGGAACAUCCCUAAGGGCGAGGCCAUCACUAAUACCUACACGCCGGUGCUGUGGGGCAACCGCGCGCGCGCUGCCUACCUGGCCUCCUCCAAGCUGUUCACAUGCCGUUGUGAGCGGUGCCUCGAUCCGCGCGAGCUGGGCUCCCACCUCAGCUCAGUCAGGUGCCGCCAGUGCCAGGGUGGCGUCCUGCUGCCUCCUUCAUCCCCUGCCGAGACAGUCUGGCAGUGUGAAAGCUGCGGGGAGAACGUGGCAGCGGCUGCAGUGGAGGCAAUGGUGCGCGCUGCGGCAACCAUGGCCAAGGGAGCCGUGGGGGAUGCGGAGGAGCUGCAAGCCGUGGUUUGCCAGAUGACCCGCCUGGUGGGGGAGUGCCACUACGUAACGGUGGGCGCCAAGCACUCCCUUGUGGAGACCAUCAUGGCGGGCCGGCUCCACGAUGUGUCCGGCGCUGACCUCCGCCGCGUGGUUGACCUGUGUGGUGACCUGCUGCAUAUCGCUGAUCUCCUCGAGCCCGGCCUCUCCAGGUUAAGGGGUGUGUUACUACUGGAGCAGGUGAGGGCAGCUGCUGAAUUGCUGAGAAGACAAACUGCUGCUGAUUUUUCUGCUAUCUCAUCUGUCACUGAUACUGAAGAAACAACUGCUACUAUUACUUCUACUUCUACUUCUACUGCCUUUGAUAUUACAUGUGAUGAAAGUGCACCAAGUCAAUUAAGCCUCAUACAGAAACUGAAGGCAGCGGCGACGGAGAGCGAGAACAUUCUUCAGUAUGAUCCUCGCCUCCCUCACGCCCAGGAAGUCCUUCGUCUCCUGCAGGAACUUCAAGCUAAUGGAAAGGCAGAGAAUGAAGAGAAGGAAGCGAAGGUGAAGAAAGAGGAGGAGGGAAAGGAAGGCUCUCAUUGAAGAUAGUACAUAAAUUUCUUUACUCCUGAGGAAAGAAAGAAAGAAUAAAAGUUAGAUUAAUAUAGUUAAAGGUCGUCCAUUCACUUUUCAUUGGGUUGAAAUGAAUCGAUCUGGCAACUUGAUAUUAUUUCCAUCUUUUGUAGUUUUUUUUUUUUAUUCAAUCAUUCACUGAUUCAUUCAUUCAUUUGCUCAUGCGCUCGUUCUAGACAAAUUAUUAUUCAUUAGUAAGUAUUUUUCUGUGCAUCUUUUUUGCUUUUUUCAAGGCUCAGUAAUUUUCACCUGUAACAUUGCACUCACUUUCUCACUCACGUACUCUUGUUGGUUACUUAUAGUUUCUUAUCUUUUCUUUUGGAUCAACCCCAAUUCAUUCGUUCUUCCAGGUUUUCUAAUUUCUUUCCAUGUGGAUUCCACAAGUAUUCUUUUCAUCACAGUUUUUUCGCUUUAAUUUUUCCUCUAGUUGCCUUUCAUUUAACGAUCGAAUAGCAUUUAACUUCGUUUCACUUUUAUUUUCCCUUUCUACAAAAUCGGGAGCUGCUUUGUGAUCCUGUUAAUAUUGGCGGACGGACAGUUGGUUCAUCGUCCGCCUUUUAUCUUAGCUUAGAAUUUGGCGGUAAUGAAGCAAGCUAGAGUUUCCAGAUAAAGGAUUAUAGAUUUAGUCCCGUGUGCCAACAGGUCUGUAUUAUUAACUCUUGUUUUAUUUCUUUGUAUGUAUUGCACCAUGCUCCAUGGAGUAGGUACAGUUAUUAUUUUGUUUCAGGGUUCGAUCUUCUUUACUGCUCACUGGUUAAUAAAUGGCUAUCCUA